CUAGGUUGAGUGAGGGCUCUUGGGUUAGUUCCUGUUAGGCCCCGGCCGGGGAGUAGGUUGAAGUCUUCUAAGAUGCCGGGUGGGCUGGGGCACUGAGCGCUGUGAAGAGGGCGUAAGGAGGCGGCGAGGGGAGACCCGCAGCAGGCCUGAACGAGAGCGGCGGCCGAGCCCGCCUUUCCUGCACCAUGCUUAUAGAGGAUGUGGAUGCCCUCAAGUCCUGGCUGGCCAAGUUACUGGAGCCGAUAUGCGAUGCUGACCCUUCAGCCUUAGCCAACUAUGUUGUAGCACUGGUCAAAAAGGACAAACCUGAGAAAGAAUUGAAAGCCUUUUGUGCUGAUCAACUUGACGUCUUUUUACAAAAAGAAACUUCAGGUUUUGUGGAUAAACUAUUUGAAAGUCUCUAUACUAAGAACUACCUUCCACCUUUGGAACCAGUUAAGCCUGAGCCAAAACCACCAGUCCAAGAAAAAGAAGAAAUUAAAGAAGAGGUAUUUCAGGAGCCAGCAGAGGAAGAACGAGAUGGCAGAAAAAAGAAAUAUCCCAGUCCCCAGAAGACUCGUUCAGAAUCUAGUGAACGAAGGACACGUGAGAAGAAAAGAGAAGAUGGCAAGUGGCGAGACUACGACCGGUACUACGAGCGGAAUGAACUGUACCGGGAGAAGUACGACUGGAGAAGAGGCCGGAGUAAGAGCCGGAGUAAGAGCCGAGGCCUGAGUCGGAGUCGAAGCCGGAGCCGGGGGCGCAGCAAAGACCGGGAUCCAAACAGGAAUGUUGAGCAUAGGGAAAGAUCCAAGUUUAAGAGUGAAAGGAACGACUUGGAGAGUCCGUACGUGCCUGUGUCUGCACCACCUCCAAACUCUUCUGAGCAGUAUUCCUCGGGGGCACAGUCUAUUCCCAGCACUGUUACUGUGAUCGCACCUGCGCACCACUCGGAAAACACAACAGAGAGCUGGUCUAAUUACUAUAAUAAUCAUAGCUCUUCCAAUUCUUUUGGUCGAAACCCACCACCAAAGAGGCGAUGCAGGGAUUAUGACGAAAGAGGAUUUUGUGUACUUGGUGACCUUUGUCAGUUCGAUCAUGGAAACGAUCCCCUGGUUGUUGAUGAAGUUGCUCUGCCAAGCAUGAUUCCUUUCCCUCCACCUCCUCCUGGGCUCCCUCCUCCACCACCUCCUGGCAUGUUAAUGCCCCCGAUGCCAGGCCCAGGCCCGGGCCCAGGUCCCGGUCCAGGCCCAGGCCCAGGCCCAGGUCCAGGUCCUGGCCACAAUAUGAGACUUCCUGUUCCCCAAGGACAUGGCCAGCCUCCACCUUCUGUUGUGCUUCCCAUACCAAGACCACCCAUAACACAGUCAAGCUUAAUAAAUAACCGUGACCAGCCUGGGACAAGUGCAGUGCCCAAUCUUGCACCAGUGGGAGCAAGACUACCUCCUCCUUUACCCCAGAACCUCCUUUAUACAGUAUCAGAACGACAGCCCAUGUACUCUCGUGAACAUGGUGCCGCUGCAUCUGAGCGACUUCAGUUGGGGACACCGCCUCCUCUGUUGGCAGCUCGUUUGGUGCCACCUCGCAACCUCAUGGGAUCCUCCAUUGGGUACCAUACCUCAGUCUCCAGCCCUACCCCCCUGGUCCCAGAUACAUAUGAACCAGAUGGUUAUAAUCCAGAAGCUCCUAGUAUUACCAGUUCUGGUAGAUCUCAGUACAGACAGUUCUUUUCAAGAACACAGACCCAGCGCCCUAACCUGAUUGGCCUAACAUCUGGAGAUAUGGAUGCAAAUCCCAGAGGUAAUCCAUUACAAGGGAAUAACAAUCAGAGUAAACCAGGAUUCUUGAGAAAGAAUCAGUAUACAAAUACCAAAUUAGAAGUCAAGAAAAUCCCUCAGGAAUUGAACAACAUUACCAAGCUCAAUGAACACUUCAGCAAAUUUGGAACUAUUGUUAACAUCCAGGUUGCUUUUAAGGGAGAUCCAGAAGCAGCCCUCAUCCAGUAUCUCACCAAUGAGGAGGCCAGGAAAGCCAUUUCCAGCACUGAAGCAGUUCUAAACAACCGAUUUAUCCGAGUCCUGUGGCACAGAGAAAAUAAUGAGCAACCAGCACUACAGUCCCCAGCACAGCUGCUCCUGCAGCAACAGCAAACACUUAGUCACCUGUCACAGCAGCACCAUCACCUGCCACAGCACCUUCAUCAGCAGUCGUCUUCCUCAACGGUACAUGGAGGUAUCCAGAAGAUAAUGAGCAAACCACAGACACCAGGUGCGUAUGUUCUUAACAAAGUCCCUGUUAAACACCGUCUGGGACAUGCCAGUGGUAACCAGAGUGACGCGGCACACUUGCUGAAUCAGUCAGGUGGUACUGGAGACGAUUGCCAGAUAUUUUCACCUCCGGGGCAUCCAAAAAUGAUUUACAGCUCCUCAAACUUAAAGACUCCUUCAAAACUUUGUACAGGGUCUAAAUCUCACGAUGUUCAAGAAGCUCUUAAAAAGAAGCAGGAAGCAAUGAAGCUACAACAAGAUAUGAGGAAAAAGAGGCAAGAAGUGUUAGAAAAACAAAUAGAAUGCCAGAAGAUGCUAAUAUCCAAGCUAGAAAAAAACAAAAACAUGAAACCAGAAGAGAGAGCAAACGUGAUGAAGACUUUGAAAGAGCUUGGAGAAAAGAUCUCACAACUAAAAGAUGAAUUAAAAACGUCUUCUGCAGCCUCCACAACUUCUAAAGUAAAGACCAAAACAGAGGCCCAGAAAGAACUAUUAGAUACUGAACUGGAUCUUCACAAGAAGCUAUCCUCAGGAGAAGAUACAACUGAGCUGCGGAAAAAACUCAGUCAGUUACAGGUUGAGGCUGCACGAUUAGGUAUUUUACCUGUGGGUCGAGGAAAGACCAUGUCCUCCCAAGGCCGAGGAAGAGGCCGAGGUCGUGGAGGGAGAGGAAGGGGUUCACUAAAUCACAUGGUGGUGGACCACCGCCCCAAAGCUCUGACAGUUGGGGGACUCACCGAAGAGGAAAAAGAUGAUCUACUUCAGCAUUUCUCAGCUUCAAACCAAGGGUCAAAAUUCAAAGACCGUCGGCUACAAAUAUCAUGGCACAAGUCCAAGGUGCCUUCUGUAUCCACGGAGACUGAGGAAGAAGAAGUGAAGGAGGAGGAAACGGAAACCUCAGAUUUGUUUUUGCAUGAUGACGACGACGAAGACGAAGAUGAGUACGAGUCUCGUUCAUGGCGAAGAUGAAAUCUGAUGCGAGCUGUAUAAUUUUUAGGAAUGCUGUUUAGAAGAACAACUUUUUAAAAUUAUUUAAAGAAGUCAAUGAGCCAAAAAAAAUUUUUUUUAUUUUUCUUUUCAACACAGUAGAUUUAAGGACAGCAAGUUUGCUAUUUAAACACAUCUCAUAGCUGUACAUGAUAUUAAAGCACCAAAGGCCUAGUGACUUUUACACAGUUGUGAAGACCCGCAGGAAUGACAUGGAUAAUCUCUAGAGCCUUAUUUUCCACACCACCUGUUUUUGUUGCUAUUGGUGUUGGAUUAGGUUGUAAAUGACAGGGUGUUCAGAAAUUUUAUUUUGGAUUAUAAUCUGAUAAAAUUUCAUUAAAUGUCAAAAUCGCCUGGAAUCUGUUAACUCUUAGCUAUUAUGGAUGGGUUGUCAGACAGUAGGAGAUAUUUGUAAUUAAAAUAAUCCUUUUGCUUUCAAGAGUUGUCUUGGAAGAAAAGUAAAUUUAUUUUAUUUUAUUUUUUACUGAGGAGGAGCCCAAUUUGUAUUUAAUCUAAAUUUUUUUGACGGGGGGUUAUGUGCAGUAGUAAGUACUAUUGUAGUGUAAAUCAUAACAAACUGUGUUCUUAAAUGCUAUAAAGUAAUGGUAGUUAGCUCCAUGGUGUUUUCAUUCUGUCAUCAUAUUAACUCUUGGACUGCUGCUGCUGAUCAUUAAUUUGCUUUGAAAUUAGUGAGCAUUGGUUCACUUGUUUCUUUAAAAAAAAAA